GGCUUCAGAGUGUUUUUGCUCGGCCGCGGAAAAGGGAAGGACACGGCUCUCCCACUUCAGGCAGCCUUGCCAUGCUUAAACUCAGGAAGUUUACGGAAACUACAUUUGGGAGCACUCGGCUGGAAUGCUGCAGACAGGCACAUUCCGGGACGGCGGAGGGGAGAUCGGGAGUGAACGAAUUAAGGACACUUGUGCGGAAGCAACCCGUCAUCACACCCCUGUGAGGCAGAGGACAGUAAACACAGUCGCGUCCAGAAGACAGCACUUCGCAUCCGCUCCCUAAGCUUGGUCCCGCCCCCGUUUCUCGAUUCAGGCGGGGUGGGCCGAGUAAGUGCGCAGGCGCCGUCAUAGCUGGGCAGGGUCGAGCGCCGGCCACGUGCAACUGCCCCGCCCGCCAGCCGCUGGAUUAUGGGUUCCUGCGGGUCGGUGGGCUCCGUGCGUGCGCGCUACCUUGUGUUCUUCCAGUACUUGGGCACUGACUUCAAUGGAGUUGCGGCCGUGAGGGGUAAUCAUCGCGCUGUUGGGGUACUGAACUUCCUGGAGGAGGCUGCCAAGCGGCUGAACUCGGUCGAGCCGGUCAGGUUCACUAUCUCUAGCCGCACUGAUGCCGGAGUGCAUGCCCUGAGCAACGCGGCGCACCUGGACAUCCAGCGCCGCCCAGGCCAGCCGCCUUUCUCCCCAGAGGUCGUGACCAAGGCCCUCAACACCCACCUGAAGCACCCGGCCAUUCGUGUACUGAAGGCCUUCCGAGUGCCCAACGACUUCCACGCUCGCCACGCAGCCACCUCCAGAACCUACCUGUACCGUCUGGCCACAGGCUGCUCCUGGCCUAAUCAACUGCCUGUGUUUGAACAAAAUGUAUGCUGGGCUCUUCAGAGAGAAUACCUGGAUAUGGCGGCCAUGCAGGAGGCUGCCCAGCAUCUCCUCGGAACACAUGAUUUUAGUGCCUUCCAGUCUGCUGGCAGCCCAGUCACAAAUGCUGUACGCACACUACGAAGAGUCUCUGUGUCUCCUGGUCCAGCCAGCCCAUUUGUCCUUCCCGAGGAGAGCAGGACGCUGCAGUUCUGGACCUUGGAGUUUGAAAGCCAGUCUUUCCUUUAUCGACAGGUGCGGAGGAUGACAGCUGUGCUAGUGGCUGUGGGGCUAGGAACUCUGACACCCACACAAGUGAAAGUGAUUCUGGAGAGUCAAGAUCCCUUGGGCAAGUAUCAGGCUCGAGUUGCCCCAGCCCAUGGCCUGUUCUUGAAGUCAGUGCUAUAUAACAACUUUGGUCCCACAUCUUGAACCCUAUGGUGUCCACAGUGUGGAAACCAGCUGAUGGUACACAGUGGAGAUGAAGCCACACAACACUCAAGGCUAUCAGCUUGUCCAUCAUUUACUGUGCUCAGCAGAGAUUAAUCUACAGCUAUGCAGGGCUCUGGCAGUCCUGCCUACCUUCGAGCAGCUCCCACCUCCUCAGGCUUUCUACCCUGGACAUCCCUUUGUCACUAAAGGGACCAGCAUGUGGUACCAGGCUGUAAGAACCCAAGUUUUCUGGAAGCCCUGUUUUCUUGGGGCAAGGGAGUAGGAAUAAAAGG